GUCAAUCAAGCGCUGCACACCACCCCCCACUACCACCCCCCUGCUUCUCGUCUGUGGCGGGUAGCUCGCCACAAAGAAAAGAUCCUGAGAAGCUCUACAGACAGCAAUCAGCCUCUUCCCUCUCCAAGCAGACCCAAGCAGACCCCAACCCCUAAAGCCAGUAUGCCCAUCACCGUGCAGAACAUCACGGCCACGUCGGCCAUGGUGAGCUGGCCCUCGGCGCCCGUCUGCCUGGACACCUUCUACAGCGUCAUGUACCACCCCAACUGGAACAGCCUGCUGAUGGGCUACACGCGCAAGAGCUUCCUGCGCGAGAACCGCGUGCCGGUCAGCCAGACCUCCACGCUGCUGGGCAACCUGAGCCCGCAGACCACCUACAUCCUGUGCGUGUCGUGCCAGUCGGUGGCCCAGCCCCCCGUGCGCGAGCAGUGCCAGGUCUUCAACACGCUGUACGACGGCGCGGAGGUGAGCGGCGGGCGCCGCGACCUGGCCAUGGGCGUGUGGCUGGCUAGCAGCCUCCUGCUGCUGGUCAUCGCCGUGGUGCUGCUCUGGGGCUGCCUGUACUCCAUGUGCCCCGGGCAAGGGCAGCCGCUGGGGGAGGGGGGCCGUUGCCCCGCAGCGUGCUCCCCACACCAGAGCCAGACCCUGGUGCCCGGCGGGAGAGGAAGAGGUGGAGGAGGAGGUGCAGUGCAGGGGGCUGGGGAUAUAAGAAACAGCAGCUUCUACACGCCCAGCUGCAGUGAGGAGGAGGAGGAGGAG